AUGAGGGGUCUGAUUACCGGCGCGAAGAAGCUAUGGAACCCAGCGUCAAUGGCGAUAACCACCGCUACUUCGAUAAGAAGCUACGGUGUUAUACCGAUGGUUAUUGAGCAUUCGUCGCGAGGCGAGAGAGCUUACGAUAUCUUCUCUCGAUUGCUCAAGGAGCGUAUUAUCUGUAUCAAUGGUCCAAUAAACGACGAUACGUCUCACGUCGUCGUUGCUCAGCUUCUUUACCUCGAGUCAGAGAAUCCUUCGAAGCCGAUUCAUAUGUAUCUUAAUUCACCAGGCGGACAUGUCACUGCAGGUCUUGCGAUUUAUGAUACUAUGCAAUACAUUCGAUCUCCAAUAAGCACGAUUUGUUUAGGCCAAGCUGCGUCCAUGGCUUCUCUUCUCUUGGCAGCAGGUGCCAAGGGACAAAGACGGUCACUCCCAAAUGCAACCGUCAUGAUUCAUCAACCUUCAGGAGGAUAUAGCGGACAAGCUAAGGAUAUUACAAUUCACACAAAGCAGAUUGUUCGUGUUUGGGAUGCUUUGAAUCAGCUGUAUGUAAAACACACGGGGCAAUCAAUCGAUGUGAUUCAGAAGAACAUGGAUAGGGAUCAUUUCAUGACUCCUGAAGAGGCCAAGGCGUUUGGUAUAAUUGAUGAGGUAAUUGAUGAAAGACCGAUCGAGUUGGUGAAAGACGCUAUUGGAAAUGAAAGCAAAGAUAAGAGUUCGAGUUAG